UUCACAGUUGAGCACUGGCGGCUGAAAUAGCAACAGUGCCAUCUUCAGAAGACAACGAGGAGUUCAGGAUCAGGAUCAGGAGUUGAGAACCAGGAGCAACCAUGGCAUUGGAAACGGUGCAGGAGACGCUGCAACAGUCGUCGUCGUCGUCGACUGUUUUGGGAUUCAGUCCCAUGUUGACCACCUUGGUGGGCACCCUGGUGGCCAUGGCCUUGUACGAGUACUGGCGCAGGAAUAGCCGGGAGUACCGGAUGGUGGCCAACAUCCCAUCGCCGCCGGAGUUGCCCAUUUUGGGACAGGCUCACGUGGCCGCCGGUCUGAGCAAUGCCGAAAUCCUGGCCGUCGGCUUGGGUUACCUCAACAAGUAUGGCGAGACGAUGAAGGCCUGGCUGGGCAAUGUCCUGCUCGUCUUCCUCACCAAUCCCAGCGACAUCGAGCUCAUCCUCAGUGGCCACCAGCACUUGACCAAGGCGGAGGAGUAUCGCUACUUCAAGCCCUGGUUCGGCAAUGGUCUGCUGAUCAGCAAUGGACACCACUGGCGCCACCAUCGCAAGAUGAUCGCACCCACCUUCCACCAGAGCAUCCUGAAGAGCUUCGUGCCCACCUUCGUCGAUCACUCCAAGUCGGUGGUGGCCAGGAUGGGACUGGAGCAGGGCAAGUCCUUCGACGUCCACGACUACAUGUCGCAGACCACCGUCGACAUCCUUCUGUCCACCGCCAUGGGGGUGAAGAAGCUGCCGGAGGGCAACAAGAGUUUCGAGUAUGCCCAGGCCGUCGUCGACAUGUGCGACAUUAUCCACAAGCGACAGGUCAAACUGCUGUACCGCCUGGAUUCCAUCUACAAGUUCACCAAGCUCCGUGAGAAGGGCGACCGCAUGAUGAACAUCAUUUUGGGCAUGACCAGCAAGGUGGUGAAGGAUCGCAAGGAGAACUUCCAGGAGGAGUCGCGUGCGAUUGUGGAGGAGAUCUCCACCCCGGUAUCCAGUUCUCCGGCCUCGAAAAAGGAGGGUCUUCGCGACGAUCUGGAUGACAUCGAUGAGAACGAUGUGGGCGCCAAGAGGCGGUUGGCUCUGCUCGAUGCCAUGGUCGAGAUGGCCAAGAACCCGGACAUCGAAUGGAACGAGAAGGACAUUAUGGAUGAGGUGAACACGAUUAUGUUCGAGGGCCACGACACCACAUCGGCCGGCUCCAGCUUCGCCCUCUGCAUGAUGGGCAUCCACAAGGACAUUCAGGCCAAGGUCUUUGCCGAGCAGAAGGCCAUUUUCGGUGACAACAUGCUGCGCGACUGCACCUUCGCCGACACCAUGGAGAUGAAGUAUCUGGAACGUGUGAUCCUGGAGACCUUGAGGUUGUACCCUCCAGUACCGCUGAUCGCCAGGCGUCUGGACUACGAUCUGAAGUUGGCCAGUGGACCGUACACGGUGCCCAAGGGCACCACGGUCAUCGUGCUGCAGUACUGCGUCCACCGUCGUCCCGACAUCUACCCCAACCCGACCAAGUUCGAUCCGGACAACUUCCUGCCCGAGCGGAUGGCCAACAGGCAUUACUACUCCUUCAUUCCGUUCAGCGCCGGACCGAGGAGCUGUGUGGGUCGCAAGUACGCCAUGCUGAAGCUGAAGGUCCUGCUGUCCACCAUCGUGAGGAACUACAUCGUCCACUCCACGGACACGGAGGCGGACUUCAAGCUGCAGGCUGACAUCAUCCUGAAGCUGGAGAACGGCUUCAACGUUUCGCUGGAGAAGCGGCAGUACGCCACGGUGGCCUAGGAACCUAGGAACCUAGGAACAAAAUCCGUAUCCGUAUCCGCAUCCGACAUCCCCUGUAUAUAGAUAUAUAUGAACCCUGAGAUCCUGCGAACCCAAUACCAUGAGACGACGAACUGAGAUAUACCGAAACACCGAUGAAGAAGACCCCAACAACACACAAGUUAGCCAGAGAGUCAACCAAUUUUUCUUUUUCUUUCCUUAUAAUUAAUACCCUACCCUUUUUUAUUGUUGGUCUUUAGCGGGUGGUGCCCCUAUAUACGUAUAUAUAUAUACUCUUUAACCAAUUAUUCAACGCAACUGUUUGUGCUCUUCACGUUUUUCCUGUCUACACUUUUUUUUCUUAGCCAUGUAGUGUGAUUUUUUUUUUCUUCUAUUCUAGUAUUUAUUAAGUCACAUGGUUUGAAUGAAACCCAAAAAAUAUGAAAAAUAUAUGUACAACAUAGCAAGCAGACAAUGGAGCUGCAAAAAAUGUUUUAAUUGCA